CUCUCUUUCCCAUUUCAUAACUGCUAGGCCCCCUUUGACAAUUUCACCAAGUCAAAGAAAAAGCAAUUCCUGUUUCCUUUUGUCUAUUUCUAAACAGAAAACCACUGUUUUCUUUGUGAAAUGCAAUACCCAUCUCUCUCUUUUCUUUUUACUUUAUGUUUCUGUUUGUAUAAAUAAUUAACAAAUACCGAGUCAGUGCUCCAUUAUCAGUCCCUCUCUCUCUUCUUACUCUCUCUAUGUUUUUUUUUUUUUCUCUCUCCAAUAUUUUUCUGUCCCACCCGAAAGCCAAAAGUCAGCGCCGUCCUUUCUGCCCCUUUGUGUGUGUAUGUUUGCUCUCUGUCGUUGCCCGUCUGCUCGAAGAGAGCAAGAAACAGCACAGAAAUAGAUAGUCCGGUUAUAAUUUCUAGGUAGAUUGGCUUAUAUCAAUGGCUGAGGAUUGGGAUCUGUAUGCCAUAGUAAGGAGUUGCACCUCUGCUGCCGUCAACGCGUCCAACUCAAACACCAACAUAACAACUGAUAUCCCCGUGGAAAAUGGCAACUCUGGAAACUAUUUAGAUUGCUUAGCUUCUUUGACUUUUGAUGAUGAAGAUGAUCCAUUCUCUUUUCCUGAUCUUGUACAACCUAGAAACAAUGGGUGGCAAGAAUUGCAAGAUUCGUACAAACCCUUUCUUCCUACCACCAGUGGUCAAGGUAAUAUUCCUUUGUCCUCCAUUUACAAUUUUGGAGAAUUUAAUGGCCAAAAUCAGCCACAACUUGCACAACACCAAUAUCAUCAUCAUCUGCAACCACAACAGCAGCAACCAGCAGCAGUACUGGCAGCCGUACCACCAACACCACCACCACCACCACCACCAUCACCACCAUCCAAUACACACUUUAGCCUCCUCUUCAUUGACUUACAGCAACAGCUGCAACAUGCACAACCACCUCAACUGCAACAAUUGCAUCACCACCAUCCCCACCCCAACCCCCACCAGCAGCAGAGUUCUCAAAGGGCUGAAACCUGUACUCUUCCCGUCCAUCCUCUACGAACCACCACGCAAUGCCCAGUCUCGAGAUCAAGAAAGAAAAAGAGCCACAUCAAAAGGCAGGUAACGCAAGUAACAGCAGAAAACCUCUGCAACGAUGUGUGGGCUUGGCGUAAGUACGGACAGAAACCUAUCAAGGGCUCUCCAUAUCCAAGGAAUUAUUAUAGAUGUAGCAGUUCAAAAGGGUGUGCAGCGAGAAAACAAGUAGAGAGGAGCAACAUAGAUCCAAACAUGUUUAUUGUCAGUUACACCGGCGACCAUACUCACCCUCGUCCAACUCACCGGAAUUCACUUGCCGGAAGCACAAGAAACAAGUUCCCAAGUCUCCAAAAGACAUCUGCAACCACAAAUAAAGAAUCUGAUGAACCUGAAAAGGCACCAUGCUCGUCACCGCUUUCCGUGACAAGUUUCUCUCCGACAACCCCACUGUCAGGUUCUAUGGACCACGAGGCAACGGCAGCCAAUGAGAACAACAAGCCAAAGGCUGGAGACGUGGAUAUUGGAGCUGACAUGGAGGGCCAUAGAAUGGAAAAUGAUGAGGAUGAUGAAUAUGAUGGCGAUGAUAUUCUCAUCCCUAAUAUGACUCUAAAUGAGGAAUUAAUCAAAGAUUUGCAAGAACUGGGCAGUGCUGGAAUUGAAGUUGCUUUUAGCGGCCUUAGUAGUAAUACUAGUAGAGCUGCAGGUGUAGGACACACCCCUGAUUUUGGUGACAAAUUCUCCUCUUGGGCUGUUGGUAGCUCCGCCGCCGCUGCCGGAGCAGCCGGAGGCAGUGGCUGAUGAUUGACAGAGGAUUCUCAGCUUUCUGAAAAGAAAAAAAAAAAAAGUUUUUUCAAAGAGAAAAAUUAUGUAAGUUCAAGUCUUCAAGAGUUUUUUUUUUUUUUUUUUCUCUUCAAAUUAAAGAAAAUGUUACUUUUUGUAUUUGAUAGGUAUAGACAGAAAUCAGAAAAUAGAAAUAUAGGAUUUUAUGUCAAAUUUUAUAUUAUCUACCGGUAUAGAUGAAAAAAAGCGAUAGAAAGAAUCAAUCUUUAACUUCUAAGCCUGUAUAUGUUUCCUCUUUAUCAGUCAACUUUUUCUUUUA